CAUUUGUUUAUCAAAUUUUAAUUUUUCACAGGAGACUAUCAGAUAUGUAUUUUAUUUAUUGAUUUAUUAAAUAAGACCACAUAAUUUUUUGCAUUACUUUAUGAACUUUAUCCAAUGAUUAACUUAUCAAUGAAUAAAUAAUUCAAACUGUUCCUUUGAAAACAUAAACGGUAUGUUUUUAGAGGCACAUGCAUGUUUAGUAUUUUAUUUCAUUUGUAUACAAGAACAAAAGCAUUAUAUAUAUAUAUAUAAGAAAACCCUUUUUUCUUUGCCCUUCAGUUCUGUCUGUCUGGUUCAGACUGCGUUGAUUGAACAAUGUGCCGGGUUCUGAACAUCUUAUUGGCUCUUCUGAGUCGCAUCCUGUUUGCGGUGCAUGGCCUCCUGAUAGUGUGGCGUGUAGUGGUGGUGACUGGCAAAACCUCCUAUUGGCUUCUGCUGAUGGGGGUGACACUGCUGGGGGUGGAGAUGGCCAUCACUAUCAAAUACACACGCAAUGCUGAAUGGAAAUGGUUCUCACCUAUGGUGUUUCUAUAUCUGAGCACUGUGAUUCCCUCGGUCUGGUUCCUGGAACUGAGCCUCCUACAGUCCAAUCUGGGGUGUGCAGAACCUGAUCCUGCGAACUGUGUGAGGGCUCUGGAGCAGACCAUGUUGAUCGUUUUGUUUCUGGGCCGCUGGCUGAUGCCGAAGGGUGACAUGUCAUGUGACCAGCUAUCCCAGCUCCUCAUGGUUUAUUUGGGGCUUGGAGAUUAUUUCCUGGACAUCUUUGAGACGUUUAGGGAUUCACAAGUGAAAACCAAUCGGUCUGUGAUCAUUGUUGGGCUAAGUUUGUUCUCCUGGGCCUUGAUGCAGUUUCCUCUUGUUCUUACCCAAACCAGCCGUCCCAAAGUCCAAGAGGAAGGUCAGUCAGAGCCUGCAAAGCCUGGGCGAGCUGGCUGGACCAUGUCCUGCUGCUCUAGUGAAGUCUGGAGCCUUCUGCUAACGGUGGGUCUGCAGGAUGGACCAUUUCUGAUUUACCGUCUGUACCUCAUGAUAAGUGAGAGGGUUCUGAGCCAGAAGAUGGUGUUCUUCACAUGCAAGAACAUCCUCAUUGUUUUGCUGGAGGUCUACAGGAUCUGUGUUGUUCUCUUGGAGCAGCGCAAUCCAGGGGGCAAAACUGAGUCAUGGACACUCAGAAUGGAAUGAUGAAGGACUUAUCUAUCUAUCUAUCUAUCUAUCUAUCUAUCUAUCUAUCUAUCUAUCUAUCUAUCUAUCUAUCUAUCUAUCUAUCUAUCUAUCUAUCUAUCUAUCUAUC